UUACCCGACCGGGCCUGCUUAAGCAAUUGCUGUGCUUGCACAACUUUUGUAGCUUAAACGGGAGCUUUUACCCCUUUUGCAGGACGCUCAUUAAUAGCAAAACCAAUAUAAACUAAAGAGGCUAUCCUGUGUGAAUAAUUUCAAUGAUGAAAAUAGCAGAGAAUAGGAAGGUCAAUAUGGCAAUAUUUAUGCUUUCAUAUGCUAUUGAAUACUACAUCAAAGUGUUGCACUGUUCUUGAUUGUGUUCUAUCUAGAAACAAAAAAGUAAACGAAUUACGAAACUAAUUCUGAGACGAAUUGUUUUUCCAAAGCAAUUAAAAGCAAGUAAAACCGCGAUGAAUUUAUUAUUCACUAUUUGUAGACAUUUCUUUCUCGCUUCCACAGAUUUACACAACAUUAGUUUCUUUGAAAUGACUAGCAAAAUUGUGUAUUCAUAGUUUCAAUCUAAACGUCCUAUGGUGAUCUUUUCUCUUUCAAUGAUCCCGUUUUGACUGUUUUUAAACAAUCUACAUUGAUCUCUUACCGAUCCCAUUUUUACUGUUUUUAAAUGAUCUACGGCAAUGUAUUUACUUUCUACGAUCACGUUUUAAUUGUUUUCAAAUGAUCUACUACAAUCUUUUCGCGUUUUAUGGUCUGGUUUUCAUAAUUUUUAAAUGAUCUAUGACAAUCUUUUCGCUUUUGAUGAUCCCGUUUUUACUGUUUUUAAAUGAUCUACUAUAAUAUGCCGUCUAUAACUCUGUUUGUUAGUUUUGUGAUGGAAAAUGCAGAUAUUUACAUAAUUUGAUAAUUAAUGACAAGUGUUAAAUGUGUUAUACUAGAAGCGAUUUUAAAACAAUUUGAACCGAAAUGAAGUUAUUUUAAUUUUUUGAAAUGUUAAGAAACGAAAGCAAAUCGAUGUUCAAUUCAACGAAGCGAUUUAAAAUAUUUUUUCUCAGCCUCGAUUUUCUUAAAUUAACCCAGAAAUGAGCCUGUUUUCUUCAUUUAUAACAGAUCAUCAUCAUUAUCAUCAUUCUCGGCUUAACGUCCGUUUUCCAUGCUAUCAUGGGUUGGACGGGGUAUAUUAAUGACCCUCUUCCAAUCUGAUCUAGACUGUGUUAGAUUUAAACUCAACUUCCUCUCUAUCAAGUCUGUCCUUAUAACCUCCUGUUAAGUCUUUCUCGGUCUGCCUCUGGGCUUUGCCCCAGGAACUAUCAAGUCUCUACACUUUCUUACCCAAUUAUCCUCCUCCAUUCUUUCCAAGUGCCCCAGCCAAUUCAAUCUUCUUAUCUGGAUAACAUCUUUAAUUCUACAGAGACUUAGCCUGCUUCUUAGCUCAUCUGAACUCUUUCUGUCUCUCAGACUGGCAUUACACAUCCACCUAACCAUUCUCAUAUCAUUCCUUUCUAAACCGUCAAGAUCUUCCUGCUUCACUGCCUAUGUCUCACUACCGUACAACAUAACACUUCUUACACAGGCCUCAUACAACCUACCUUUUACCUCAAUUGACAGGACUCUGCUAGUCAAUAAAGGAAGUAACUCUCUAAACUUUUUCCAAGCAGAACCUAUCCUGCAAGUAACACUUCUUCCAACACCCCCUUCACUGCCCAACAUAUCACCUAAGUAACAGAAGUUCUUAACUAUCUCUAACGAGCCACUGUUGUACAUCAUUAAAGCUGGAAAUACUUCAUUCUCUAUAAUCUCACCUUUGCAACGCUUGCAUACAAACUGUAUGUUAUCUACCUUGUGAUGUGAUAGCUGGGUAACGGUCUGACGAUGCUCACAUCUGACAUCUGUCCUACCGUGCGCGACACCUUCACUCCUUAGAGUUCCAGCCCCGUUUACGCAGUUUGUCUGAUUAACUAUUCUUACGGCCAUUAAUAAAGAGUUUUGGCAUUGUUUUACAGCUGGAUGCCCUUCCUAGCGCCAACCGUUCACAGACCGGACUGGGUGUUUUUUAAAGUGACACCAUCACUAUGUGGCAUUUCAUGGGACUUCCACAAUCGCCCCUUUAAACUAAGGUAUGGUGGAGGACGUUCAACUCCUCUCUUGUCUCUUAAGGAGACCCUUCACCACCUCAUUCACCUUGUAGAAAACAAGGUUAUAUAAACCUUAAGCUACAGGACUCUUUUGAAAGCAGUUCUCAACUAAAAUGACAUCCUGUAUAAAUAUUUUACAAAUAAAAUUCUGACUUGAAGUUCAGAUGAGCCUCAAGAUUUUCUUAAAUUGUUUGUUUUUUGAGCUUGUUUCUUGUGUAUUUAUUUAUGUGUAUUUAUUCCGAUAACAUUUUUAUACUAUAAACAAAAAAUUUUUUUCUGGAAGGAUCAUAUUCUUGUUAUUAACUUUUUCAAUUUCUAGGACUGAAAAACCCAUUUCCAACUCACAAAAUACUGUCCGAAUUAUACUUAUUUUAUUUUUAGCAAGCCUAAAGCCAGUUAACACCAAAACUUAUGUUUUUCACAUUUUACUGAAGAUAGUUUCCAUAUUUGUUACUAUUAUAUUUUUAGGCAAGUGAAGCAUGAAAGAAUAUGUAAAUCCUAAGACGUCUAAUCUUGAAAGUGAAGAAGAUGAUGAAGACAUAAAAACUCUGCAUGAUUAUUAUUUACUGGUUAAGCGUACAAUACUGGAUUUUCAGAAUCCUGUUACUGGUCUUCUACCAGCCAGUUUGUAUAGAGCACAAUUUGUUCCUGAAAAGGAUUGCAGUGACUCAUGGAUUCGGGACAAUGUAUAUAGUAUACUAGCUGUGUGGGGAUUAUCGUUAGCUUACUGUAAAACUGUGGAUUAUGGUGAAGAUAAGUCAAGACAAUAUGAACUAGAACAGAGUGUUGUCAAAUUAAUGAGAGGCUUGCUGACUUGUAUGAUGCAGCAGGUGAAUAAGGUGGAGAAGUUCAAAAAAUCUCAAAGAAGAGAAGAUUCAUUACAUGCAAAGUAUAGUUAUAACACGUGCCAAGUCGUGGUUGGCGACAAUGAUUGGGGUCAUCUACAGAUCGAUUCUGUUGCACUUUAUUUGUUGAUUCUUGCACAGAUGAUUACCUCAGGUCUUCAAAUUAUAUAUACAAAAGAUGAAGUUGAUUUCAUUCAAAAUCUUGUGUUUUAUAUCGAAAGUGCUUAUCGUGUUCCAGAUUUUGGUGUGUGGGAACGUGGUGAUAAAACAAAUAGAGGAAUGACAGAAUUAAAUGCUAGUUCUGUGGGUAUGGCAAAGGCAGCACUGGAAGCUAUGAACGAGCUGGAUGUGUUUGGAUCACGUGGUGGUGUUGGUUCCAUCAUUCAUGUGCAAGCUGAUCAAAUCCAGUAUUGUAAGACUGUCCUGCAUUCCAUGUUGCCGAGAGAGUCCCAUUCAAAAGAGUGUGGCUCGGCACUACUUAGCAUCGUAAGUUUUCCAGCAUUUGCUGUCGAAGAUGCAAGCAUUAUAAACACGACGAAAUCUGAAAUCGUUAACAGACUACAAGGUGUUUACGGUUGCAAACGCUUUUUACGUGAUGGCCACCACUGUGAAAACGAGGAUCGGCUACGACUUCAUUACGAACUACAUGAGUUGAGUAAAUUUGAACACAUCGAAUGUGAAUGGCCAUUAUUUUUUUGCUUCCUCAUACUUGAUGGACUCUACAAUAACAACAUGCAGCAGGUGAAGGAAUACAAAGCACUAGUUGAACGACUUGUAAUUCCAAGUGAAGAUGAUGUGCUGUUGUUGCCAGAGUUAUUUUACGUGCAAAAAGAUAAAAUUGAUGCUGAACGGGAGAGGCCACACUCACAACCCAGAGUAUGUGGGGAUCAUAUCCCUCAUAUGUGGACACAGUCAUUGUAUAUCUUAGGACGUUUACUACAUGAUGGUUACAUCGCUGUCGGUGAAUUGGAUCCAUUGAAUAAAAGAUACGUGACAGCUCCCAAGCCUGAACUGGUUGUACAAGUUGCGCUCAUAGCUGAAGAUGAAGAAAUCAAGGAACUGCUAGCCGAGAACGGAAUUGUAUCACAAACUGCUGACGAAGCAUCUCCCAUACGAAUUUUACCUGCUAGGUGUUUGAGCUGGAUUUAUGGAAGGCUAGGUAAAAAUAAAAACCUUGGUUUGACCGGAAGGCCAAGAUCAAGCAUUGGUGUGAUCGAAAUAGGAAGCUUAUAUCGUGCUGCUGGCAACAUUUUAACCUUUGCACCGCAGUUUUUAGAUUAUCGUCAGUUCUACUUAUGUCUCGACAAUGAUUUACUUGUUGACUCGUUUAAAACUGAGAUCGAAUACAUACGCAAAAACUGGCGCCAAGUGGGAAGACCAACCCUUACACUACCUGUUACGCAUUCAUUUCUUGAGGACUCAAUGUCAUCAGCAGCUGGAAAGCUACUAUUGCAGGUUUCAAGUGGUUACUUGUAUAGUGUCAGAGUACGUGUGGGAAGAUUAUCGGAUUUUUUAUCAAGAUCAAGCACAAAGACUUUGGAUUUUAUAGAUUCUGAUAGACUUGAGGAGUUGAUAACACUGUUUCCAGACCCCACACUAUCUCCCAGACCAGGCGAAGUUCUACGAAAUGUUCCGAAUCGAAAAUUUUCCAGGAGUCGGUCAUCCAGUGGUGGGGAUACCGAAAGGAAAAAAAGUGUGACUGGUUCAGUAAGUCGAAGUCGUUCAAUAAGUCGCGUUGCAUCAUGGGGAGUUGGAUCGUCAGGAUCGGAUGAUGAUGAAUUUGGAGCAGAUUUGGUGCGUGGUUUCGUGUUGGAUAGUGCAAACAUAAUCUCCGAAGAUCAAGUAAAUAUAGAUGGCAUUGAUAUGGACGAAAUCCGGACGCAAUUGGAACAAACAGAUAACAUAUCAGAACAAGCUGACAUCUUGCACCUGUUGUACACAACCAGAGGGUAUCAUUAUGACGUGAAGUUGUACGACAUGGAAGAUGUAACAGUGGGGAAGCUUCUAGAAGAUCUCUAUGAAAAAGCUAGUCAUUUAAAGUUAUGGUCCUUGGUCAGACAUACCUCUGGUAUGCUUCGAAAAAGCGUGGAAGGUUUGGGAGAGGUUUGCACGCAGCUACUUGUUAACCAGAAGCAAAUUGGUAUAGGCUUACCUCACUUACAACGAGAAGAAUUAAUCAAACAACCUCUACCUCCCUCUGAGUUAAAAGAGUUAAUAUAUCGUUGUUGUGGUCAGGAUAGCAGCACCGCAGUGUUAACACAGGAAAUCUUAACAUACUUAGCUAUGUUUGUAAAAAUCGACCCUGGGUUAUUUAAUGAGAUGUUGCAAAUACGUGUUGGUUUAAUUAUGGAGGUUCUAGCGGCUGAGUACGCACGUGUUUCCGGUCUCACAGGAGAAGAUGCUGCGGAUGAUCUAAUGAACAUGAGUCCAUUCCAGAUGAAAUCACUGCUUUAUUUUAUUUUGAGUGGAAAAGAAUUUAAAGUUGAACAAGUUGGAGAUCAGCCUGUAGUGGUAGGUUUGGAAGCCAAACGAAGUAUCAACAGACUAAAGAAAGCUGUCAGAAAAAUAAGCGUGGCGUUAAAUAUGUUGGAACACAAGCAUUCAAAUGACGACAGUGCGUCUAAAGCGAGAAAGACAUCAUCAGUAUCAGAUUCUGAUGAUGUUUUGUUGUCUCCAACAUCCAGCGCUCGUAAAAUUGGCCAGUGGUUACGGCGAAGAUGUUUGGAUGGAGCUUUGAAUCGAGUUCCUCGUGAUUUUUACACAAAAAUUUGGCAUGUAUUGGAACGAUCUCACGGGAUGACUGUCAGUGGUUAUGGGUUUAUACUGGAGCAUAAACUUACACAAGAGAACACGUCAGGAGAGGUGAAAUUUGCGUUAAAGGUAGAAGAAGAGUUAAAUAAAAUAUUAUAUCCAGAAUAUCGACAAUUAGUUGUGGAAGCCAUGAUGGUUUUGUCACUCAUACUUGAGAGGGAUACUAAAUAUUCUGUUAACAGGAUGUUGAAGUUAGAUGAAAUUGUUACAAACGCCAACCGUAUAUUUUUAACACAACAGAAAUCAGAAAAUGGCGAUUCCAAUUUAUGUUGUGCAGGAAAUGAAAAUGAUAAUGUAAAGGAGUCAUCUAAAUGUGGAGCAAGCUGUGGAAUCUGCAGAUAUUUUUACGAUAGCCCGCCAAGUGGUUCCUAUGGUACAAUGACUUACAUGACACACUCUGUUCUUCAGCUUUUAUAUUCACACUUAGCCAACUCGACAGAGUAUUAUAGACCAGUGUCAGCUGACGUCACGUACACUUGCGAAUUGCUUUUACGACGAAGAAUAGACGGAGAAGGAUUGUCUGAUUUUUGUUGUAAAUGAUUUGCGAAGUUGAUAAAUAUACGAGUUUUAUGUCCACUCGAUAGAUUAUCCAAGAUGGCGGGCCGCCACAGUGGUAUCCAAAAAUCUUAUGUAAUAAAAUGUAGAGUGCUUUAUUUUUUAGAAUAUCAGUAUCAUGUCUACAAGAA